GCCUGGAAGGGCGCGGGGGGAAGGAGCGACGGAUAAAGGGGCUCGAGUCCCGCCGUGGGCAUGAUCCACGAACUGCUCUUGGCGCUGAGCGGGUACCCGGGUUCCAUCUUCACCUGGAACAAGCGCGGCGGCCUGCAGGUGUCACAGGACUUCCCGUUUCUCCAUCCCAGUGAAACAAGUGUCCUGAAUCGACUCUGCCGGCUGGGCACAGACUAUAUUCGCUUCACCGAGUUCAUUGAACAGUACACAGGCCAUGUGCAGCAACAGGAUCACCAUCCAUCUCAGCAGGGCCAAGGUGGGUUACAUGGAAUCUAUCUCAGGGCCUUCUGCACAGGUCUGGACUCCGUUUUGCAGCCUUAUCGACAAGCACUGCUUGAUUUGGAACAAGAGUUCCUGGCUGACCCCCACCUCUCCAUAUCACAUGUCAAUUAUUCCUUAGAUCAGUUCCAGCUCCUUUUUCCCUCUGUGAUGGUUGUAGUAGAACAAAUUAAAAGUCAAAAGAUUCAUGGUUGUCAGAUCCUGGAAACAGUAUACAAACACAGCUGUGGAGGUUUGCCUCCUGUUCGAAGUGCACUAGAAAAAAUCCUGGCCGUGUGUCAUGGGGUCAUGUAUAAGCAGCUCUCAGCCUGGAUGCUACAUGGACUCCUCUUGGACCAGCAUGAAGAGUUCUUUAUCAAACAGGGUCCAUCUUCUGGUAAUGUCACUGCCCAGCCAGAAGAGGAUGAGGAGGAUCUGGGUAUUGGGGGACUGACAGGAAAACAACUGAGAGAACUCCAGGACUUGCGCCUGAUAGAGGAAGAGAACAUGCUGGCACCAUCUCUAAAGCAGUUUUCCCUGCGCGUGGAGAUUCUGCCAUCCUACAUCCCAGUGAGGGUUGCUGAAAAAAUCCUGUUUGUUGGAGAGUCUGUCCAGAUGUUUGAGAAUCAAAAUGUCAGCCUGACUAGAAAAGGAUCCAUUUUGAAAAACCAGGAGGACACCUUUGCUGCCGAGCUGCAUCGCCUCAAGCAGCAGCCGCUCUUCAGCCUGGUGGACUUUGAGCAGGUGGUGGACCGUAUUCGGAGCACUGUGGCUGAGCAUCUCUGGAAGCUGAUGGUAGAAGAGUCAGAUUUACUGGGUCAGCUGAAGAUCAUUAAAGACUUCUACCUUCUUGGACGUGGAGAACUGUUUCAGGCCUUCAUUGACACAGCUCAACACAUGUUAAAAACACCACCCACUGCAGUCACGGAACAUGACGUGAACGUGGCCUUCCAGCAGUCGGCACACAAGGUGUUGCUAGACGAUGACAACCUCCUCCCUCUGCUGCACUUGACGAUUGAGUACCAUGGGAAGGAGCACAAAGAUGCUGCUCAGGCCAGGGACGGGCCUCCCCGGGAAACCUCUCCUCGGGAAGCCCCUGCAUCGGGCUGGGCAGCCCUAGGUCUUUCCUACAAAGUGCAAUGGCCACUGCACAUUCUCUUCACGCCUGCUGUCCUGGAAAAGUACAACGUAGUUUUCAAGUACUUACUGAGUGUGCGCCGGGUACAAGCUGAACUGCAGCACUGCUGGGCCCUGCAGAUGCAGCGCAAGCACCUCAAAUCCAACCAGACCGACGCAGUCAAGUGGCGCCUGAGAAAUCACAUGGCCUUCCUGGUGGAUAAUCUUCAGUAUUACCUCCAGGUAGAUGUGCUGGAGUCUCAGUUCUCACAGCUGCUUCAUCAAAUCAACUCUACCCGAGAUUUUGAAAGCAUCCGAUUGGCUCACGACCACUUCCUGAGCAAUUUGCUGGCUCAGUCCUUUAUCUUGUUGAAACCUGUGUUUCACUGCCUGAAUGAAAUUCUAGAUCUCUGCCAUAGCUUCUGCUCGCUGGUCAGUCAGAACCUGGGCCCCCUGGAUGAACGUGGGGUCGCCCAGCUACGCAUCCUGGUGAAAGGCUUUAGCCGUCAGUCUUCACUCCUGUUCAAGAUUCUCUCCAGUGUCCGUAAUCAUCAAAUCAACUCGGAUUUGGCUCAACUACUGUUACGACUAGAUUAUAACAAAUACUACACCCAGGCUGGUGGAACUCUGGGCAGUUUCGGGAUGUGAACAUUUCUGGUUCACAAACUAAAAUAACAAAUCUAUCCCCGUAGCGUUCCGCCUUUAACAGAAGACUCAAAACCGAUAUCCCAUUCUCUAGCCACUCACCAAAUAUCUGCAAACUACUGAGAUGGCUCUACCUUUCGCCCGAGAAGCGAUUACUGAGCAUUCAAGAGUACAGCUCCUCUCCUUGUUCCCAUGUGGAAGGGUCUGCCCGCUUUAGGGAGUUCUGAACUUGCCCACAAAGGAGGACAUGUGGCAUCAACUCUCCCUCUGCUGACCGUGCCAGCUCCAUUCCACGGAGGCCAUUUGUCAGAUAAGUUCACCUACUGAGCGCCUACUGUGUGCCUGAGUACUGCUCAAGCUGCAAGAAACACAGCAGUAAGUAACCACAUAUCAGAAAGUGAAAUGUUUGUGGCCAGCGUGAAAAAGGAAUUAGAUUUACAAAUAGGUCAGCUGCGGGAUGUUACCACUGAGCCAGGAAGGCUCCAGGUAAGAGAGACUGUUCCAUCCUUAAGGAUUUUCAAAACUGUGAAUCUGAAGAAUUUUACCAAUAACUUCCAAUUAUUUCAGACUGGUGAAAGGACAAAACUAGCUAUUGACAAUGUAAAGUAUUGUUUAACAAAGAAAAAGUUUCUUAAAAAAAAUGAGGUCAAAUUGUUAGAUGUCACAUACUGAAAAUUAGAAUUAUCCCAUUUUAGGAGCCCAACCAUCACUAGUAAUCACUAAUAUUUGUAUCAUUGUGAAUGAAAAUAAAUAUUCAUCAAAUAAUUUCCUUUAAACCAAAAAAGAAUGCAGUAUUCUGGCUUCAGUUUGUAGCCACUCAGUCUGGUCCUCACAUCUUCAUCCACCACAUCCUCUCCCACUCUCAUUCCCUGCAAUUUCAGCUAAAGAUGACCUCUUCCACUGCUGCCUCUGGAGCCAGGGCUAGCAGACCAUUGCCUGCCGCCUGUUUUUAUAAAUAAAGCUUUACUGUUACACACCCUC